UUUGAAAGUAACUGGGUGUGUGCUGAGUUUGUUUGACAAAAGGUUGUUGCGCCACUGGCUUUUAGGCUAGCCCAUUAAAAUUGUUUGCGUUUUCAGUUAUUCUUUUCAAUUCUUCAUGGAGCAAGAAGCACAGACUAAGCUGUCGGCUGGAACGAGUGAAACUGGAAAAGAGAUGACAGACAUCGUAGUGGAUGAUUUUGAGUCCUACAUUAACCUUAAACUCGACAUGGAAAAGAACAACGGGAUUUCUGAAGUGGGACAUAGUGUGUCCGCUGUAACUCAAGCUCUGUUUCAGAAUGAAGAGGAGGGUGAGGAAGAUGAGAGUGAUGAUGAGGAUGAUGACAGUGGCACAGACCACUUUAACAUUGAAAAGUCAGGGACUCAGCUGCAGAGAUGUGAGCGUCAUGGAGGUGUGAAUUCAAGUCUUCCUGACACCUUUCAGACCAGCCACUUGCUGUUCUAUGAGAGGUUCAAGGCGUACCAGGACUACAUGCUCGGAGACUGUAAGCCUUCUGAAGUGAAGGCCUUCACAGCAGACUACCUGGAGAAGGUGGUGGAGCCAUGUGAUUGGUUGGCUUUGUGGUCUACUGAUGUAUUUGAUGUUCUUGUGGAGGUGCAUGAUGUGGAUUUCAAAGACCUGAAGGCAUGUGUGAGGCUUGUGCUGCCUCUGCAGUGUGACACCAGGGGCUGUGAACUCACUGAGGAGGCCAUGAAGUCUCUGCUGGAGGCCACUCAGGACAAAGUCCCUCUACAGAAGCUCCAUGUGGUCUAUGAGCGGUCUGGGGACUUUGAUCAGACCGCUCUCGCUCUCGAGCACCUCAGGUUUUUCUAUGAACAAAUCUGGAGGCAGUGGGAUGAGGAAGAUGAAGAUGAUGACUUUGAUUACUUUGUUCGUUGCGUGGAACCUCGUCUCCGCCUGUACUAUGACAUCUUAGAGGACAGAGUCCCAGCAGGCCUGGUGGCAGAGUACCAGUCCUUACUGGAAAACUGCUCCCAGUGCUUCCAGCAGUUCUCAGUGCUGCGCAGCAGCCUCAGCACUGACUCAGACUCAGAGCUGGACAACGUUUCCAUGGUGGAGGGCCUUAAGCUCUACGACCAGCUGGAGACUUACAAACGCAAGCUGCACAUCAUCGAGAACCCCCUGCUGAGAUAUGUGCUGGGCUACAAAGGAAAUGCCAGGCAACAAUGUGCGCAGAGCCGUGGGCCCAGGGGAUCAGGUAUUAAGGUGGUCCAUGUGGUCACAGCCUCCUGCAGUACCAUCCAGCUCCAGUCCCUCCUCAGUGACAGACUGCUUCCUCUGUGCUCCUUUGAGGACACUGAGAUACAGUUCCAUAGAGACCUAGUAUCAGCGGUGGAUUUGUGUCAUCAGGGUGAUGUGGUCAUUGUUCUCCCAGGGGUCUACUGUGUCAGCAGUUCCAUCCUCCUACCAGACUCUAUCACUAUAGAGGGCUUCGGGCUUCCUGAUGAGGUGGUGAUUGAGAAGAAAAACAAGGGCGACUCAUUUGUGGAGUCCACAGGAGUUGAUGUCAGACUGUCCAACAUAAAGUUCAUCCAACAUGAUGCCAUUGAGGGCAUCCUGUGUGUACGUCAGGGGGCUCUAAACAUGGAGAACUGUGUGCUGCAGUGUGAGACCACUGGAGUUAUUGUCCGAACAUCAGCCCAUCUCACCAUGAACAUGUGUGACCUUUAUGGCUCCAAGGGGGCUGGCGUGGAGAUUUACCCCGGGAGUGUUUGCAGGCUGGUUGGUAACGGCAUCCAUCACUGUAAGGACGGGAUCCUCAUCAAGGACUUUGCUGAUGAGAUGGAUGCGAUGCCGUCCAUCACCAUGGACAACAAUGUGAUCCACAACAAUGAAGGCUAUGGGGUGAUUGUAGUGAAACCCAACAAUGGGGAACAACACAGAGUUCCUCUGGGUGGAAUUGAAGCUGAAGACAAACGGCAGGGAGAUGUUCCAGAUCCUCUUCUCAUCUCCACAAACCAGACCAGCAGCGGCUCUGCAGAGAUUCACCCAGACUCAGCAGAGAACAACAGCAUCGACAGUGGUGUAGCCUCCAACUCAGGCAGGAAGUGGCAGUUUAGUCGUCAGCUGAGCAGAAACAAGGAUACAUCCUGUAGUCGAGCCGUCCCAGAUCUGGACCACCAGAUCUUCGUCUCCAUUCAGGGAAACCAGUUCAGACGCAAUGGCAUGGGCGACUUUGGCACCUUUUUCUACUGACUGAAACAUCGACAUGCUCAGAACCGUUCUUGUAGCAAAUUCAAAACAUCAACACGUCAACUCAUUCUAACUCCUCCUAGAUUUUGGCAGCUUCAUAUUUUUGGUGUUUUCUUUAUUUUGUUGUGACAGAAAUGACUGCUGAUUCACUGAGGUGUUCUGAAGAGACAAUGAUGUGAUCAGUUAUUAGUUGCCUGUGUUUCUAAAAGAACUCUGACUUCCACCUGUUUGAAUUGACAGUGAACUGACCCCCACGUUUAAACUUGCACAAAUGCUUUUAUCUUAUUUAUUCCUUUGGGCGUCAGAUGCUAAAAGUUUCCAUUUUUAAUGCAUUAGUUUAAAAAUCCAAUUGUCACUUUGAAUGUAGUUUUGGUGGUUUGACUUCAGAUCUAAUAAAUGUUGUUACCAUUAUGGUGGUGGCUUGCUAAAAAUA